UCAAAAUAUAUUAAAAAUUUUGGUCCAAUUGAAACAUUCUUAUUUAAGUUGUGCUUUAACGUAAGAUCUUAAUUGCUAAUUUUAUUUAUGAAAUAAACAUUAAAAUACAUCCCAAAUAAAAUUUAUCCAAGUUUCUUAUUGAUGUUUUCAAAGAUUCCUUUAAGGUGCUGGUUUGCAUGUACACGUUGCAUAAUCCAAUAUUUCGUCGCCACAUGAUUCUGAAGUUUCAGUACAAUCAGUCUGUUCCACACAUUGACAACCCCAAGGAUCGAAAACUUCUCCAUUGUUGCAAUUUUGAACAUCACAUGUACAACUGCAAACAUCGGCAUCAUAAUUCCAUCUCGCAUUAGGACAUUGAACAUCACAUGUUUCGUUUGUGUUACCUCCUUGAGCUGCAGCUACAUCAGAUUUAAGUCUUUCGUACCAUUCAACAAGUUGAUCUGUUCUUUCUUGCACAAAUCCUACAUCCAGAUCGUUAGUGGAAUCGUCAACAUAUUUAUUCAAGUCCGGUAUUCCUUGUUUUAACGUGUCCAAAUUCUCUAGUAGUUUAUCCCUUUUGUCUUGGGAUACACUAAGAGUAUUUAUAUCAUUUCUUAGUCUUUCCAAGUCAUUCUCAAUAUCUGGAAGCCUUCCGUAGUUAUCUACUGGAACACAUGCGCAAAUACUUAUGGCUUUAUUAAGAACUUCGUUGAUUUCACAUGGACCUUCAAAUGUACAUGAUGGAUUAUUCUUGUCGAUAAAAUCAGCAUUAUCUUUUUCGAGUUGUUCCACUUUUUCAGACAUUUCUUGAAUCAUAGCAUCAAUAACAGCAUCAUCAGGUGCUUCACUGUUAUUAUAGAAGUAAUUGUAUAUCUUUGCAGACAGAUCUUGAAUAGCCAAAGCUUUUUCUUUUAAUCCAUCGAUUUCAUUAUCAAUAUCUUUACCAUCAUAAUUGAAAAUUUUCUUGUGAAGAGUAAUGAAUCUUGUUGAGAUUUCAAAAUAUUUUCCAACUUUUUGAGAUGUAUAACAUUCACAGGUUUCUUUCACUGGAACGUAGUUUUCCGGACAAUUGCUUUCUGCACAAACUUGGCCUGAGGAAAUGUAAGUAUCGAUUUCUGUUGUAAUUUCAUCGAUUCGUGUUGUGAUUGCUUCAAUUCGCUCUAUCAAUGUAUCCCUACCAAAUUCUUCGAAUCUGAAAGACGUGUCAUAUUUAGUCGCUUUUGCAUCAUCCAAGAGUUCGUAAAGUGUAUUGAGUGUAGAUUUCACAAAUUCAGAAUCACUUGUGAUAGCAGAAAUCUUGUCAAUAAGGUUUUUAAUAGUCUCUUCCCAUCCACGAGUGGGCACUCCUUCUUGAAAUUCUCUACAAAAACAAUUGGCCCAAUCAUGCACUUGGCUUGCAUUGCAACCCAAAUGACAAUAACAUAUACAAUCAUCAUGUAAAACUAAAUUGGGAGCACAAACAGUGCCACCACAUAUCUCUGGUUUUAAAUCAUCUAUGAAUGCUUCAACAUUAAAUUGUAAAUCUAUCAACUUUGUCUUGAUGUAUGAAAGUCUUCCAUUCACAAAAUCGGUAUCUAAAUUAUCACAAUUACUAUUCAAAUAAGAAGUAAGUUCAUCGAUGGCAUCUUGAAUCAGAUCAAUUUCAUUGGCAAUUUCAGGUGUAGAUGAUUCGGAUGCUUGAAGAUCAUCUCUUAGUUUCUUCAAAUCAUCAACAGCUUUUUCGAAUUCAUCACUUCCAGGAUAAUUUGUACAAGGAGGGUUGGUAGGUGCUUGCGUUGGUGCAGCAGUAGGUGCUUGCGUUGGUGCAGCAGUGGGUGCUUGCGUUGGUGCAGCAGUGGGUGCUUGCGUUGGUGCAUCAGUAGCUGGUUCCGUUGGUGGAUCAGUGAGAG